ACAGAGCAUGGUUGCCAUGGCAUCGCUGAGUCAGUACAGCGGUUAAAGCACGGUCACUCUCCUGGCUUUUACUGUGGGAUGUUCAGUCAGCACGCUGGUGCGCACCGGCUGAACGCAGCACCGGCUUGGCGGACAUACUCUCCGUUUCGGCUCCGCUCUGUCCCGGGAUGAGACUUCCCCAUCAGCUGUGACGACCAGGUCCGCCGUUGUGAGGCACGCUGGGGGGACACGUCGCACACCUGCGGCUGGAUGGAAAUAGAUGGAGGAACUUGCGCCGCAGCCGCCGCCGUCGCCGCUCUCAGCCGAUUACUUCACCUUCUCUCGUGGACCACGGGAGAGCGCGCUUGUAAGCUGAUUUAACCCGAGGGAUGCGAAUAACUCUCCGGGAUUAGAAGGUUAUUGGGUGAACGACAAUGCCCCGCGGCUCGGUCCGGCACUCCCGGCUAUUGUUGGCGCGGCUGCGGACGCACGGUUCCCGGUCUCCUCCGGUUCAUCUCCAGUAGCUGUAUCCCGGUACAGCCUUUGCCCCCUGCGCCUCCUCGCUGCUUCGCUCAGGUCGCCCUCCCGGUGUGGAUAGGAUAAUAUGACUUCCUGGCUCCGCACAUACGGCAGCGUCCCUCUGUGUCUCCUGCUCUGCUGCUUUGUGUUCACUGUCUGCGCAGAAGCCUCCGGUGCCGGUGACAGUGGGUGUUGGUCUCCUAGUAUCACUUCUUGCACAGAGUGUCUAAGCCGCGGACCACAGUGCGCCUGGUGCUUCAAGGAGGACUUUUUGGAUGGUGCGGGCCCGAGCCAGCGUUGCGACCUGCCAGCGAAGCUGCUCAGGAGGGGAUGUAAAGCCGAGUUCAUGGAGCAGUCAGAGAUCAAGGUGGAGGUGAAUGCCACAAUCAGCAGCACGCAAGUGUCCCCACGAGACAUCAGCAUCAACCUCAGUCCAGGUUCAGAGGCCAGCAUCAUCGUGUCUGUGAAGCAGCUGGAGCGUUAUCCUGUGGAUCUGUACUACCUGGUGGAUGUGUCGGCAUCUAUGCAGGAAAACCUUGAUCAUUUAAAGACGGUGGGCAUCGCUCUGUCUCUUCUUAUGACGGAGCACUCCUCAGACCUUUGGCUGGGUUUCGGCUCUUUUGUGGACAAACCCGUCUCCCCUUACAUCAACGUCCAUCCCACCAAGAUCAACAACCCUUGCAGUGAUUAUGAGAUACGCUGUCGUCCAGCCCACGGCUUCCACCACGUCCUAAGCAUUACAGGAAAUAUGAGCGAGUUCACACAUGUGAUCAAACGCCAGCGCAUCUCUGGAAACAUGGACACACCGGAGGGAGGACUGGAUGCUAUGCUGCAAGCUGCUGUCUGCCAGAGAGCUGUGGGUUGGCGACCAGAGGCCAAGCGUCUUUUGCUCCUGAUGACCGACCAGCCAUCUCACCUGGCCCUGGAUAGCCGGCUGGCAGGGAUUGUCACGCCACAUGACGGCCUGUGUCACCUGGAAAACAAUGUCUACACAGGGAGCACUAGGAUGGACCAUCCCAGUGUGGGCCAGUUGUCUGAUAAGCUGCUGGAAAACCAAAUCUUCUCCAUCUUCGCUGUGGAGAAACAGCAGUACCAGUGGUACGAGGAGUUGGUACGUCUGCUACCUGGCUCCUAUCUGGGGAAGUUAGGCCUAUUCGAUGCUCCGAACCUUAUACAGCUGGUGGUGGACGCGUACAAGAGGUUGUUGUCGGAGGUGGAGGUAUCAGUGUCAGUCGAGGACAAGGCCGUCAGCAGGUACUGGGUGUCUGUAUCUCCUCUCUGUCCUGAUGGAUCCACUGCUAAGGACAAGAGCUGCUCGGGGGUGCAGCCCAACCAAACGGUCUACUUCAAUAUCACCAUUGGCCUGCGCUCUUGUCCUGAGGAUGGUGAAGAUGAAGAUGUUACAGUAAUGGUUCGCCCUGUUGGUUACAACGAAUCCACCGUCGUUAGGAUCCACUCGAAAUGUCGCUGCAGUUGUGGACCGAAAAAACAGUGCAAUGGUUGUUCCCUCUCCACAGCAACCUGCCAGUCAGCCAACGGCUUUCUGUGCAGCGGCCGGGGCAGAUGUGUGUGUGGCAAGUGUGUGUGUGACGACCCCCAACACUCUGGAGACUUCUGUGAGAGAUGUCCUGCCUGCCAAAGCACCUGUCAAUCAUACUGGAAGUGUGUGGACUGCCACCUGUCUCAUGGUUUCACACAGAAAUCGGCAGGACACUGCAACAGCACCUGUGCCCCACUGGUGGGCUACAUGGAGGAUGUCUCUGGUCAAGCAGGGCAGAUGUGGAUUCAGUGUAUGUACAUCAGUAAUGACAGCUGUCGUUAUCGGUUUCAAACAAGCUCACAGUCUGGUGAGACCCAGCUUCACAUUAGCACAAGACCAGAGUGUGCCAGCAGCAGCCGGCUGGUAGGAACAUUCCUGAGUGUGUGUGCUCUGACAGUGCUGUGCGGUCUGGUGGUGGUGGCGGUGUCCCGGCUGCUGCUACAGAAGAAAAACAUGUCACCAGGGGGUGCUGCUGAGGAGGAAGCCUAUCACUGCCCUGGAAAGGACCUGUCAUACAUCCCCACAACCAACGAGAAGACAGUUACCUACAGGAGGGACCGUCCACUUGACCGCCCUGUGGAGAUGCACAUCCAGGUUCCCAAGAUGCCUCUGGGUGACCCCUGGCAGUAUUAAGCAGAGGUCAAAGGUGAAGGCCAGAGGGAAGUUAGGAGAGACAUAUAGAAGAAGUGUUGACUAAAGGCUUCAUUUCUGCCUCUUAACCUUCAUAAAACUUCAACCAGCAGCAUGUGGAGACACUGAUAAUGGAAAACUAAACUAUGAAUCCUUCAUGGGGUCACAUGUGUGAAACGAACUGAACUGAUGAAUUUUCAUAGACUCUGCGACUAAGUGGCCAGUAUCCUGGAAAUUGAGAUGAAACAAAGAGCACAAGUACCCCAACUCUUCUUCCUCUGUAGCAGCAAGGAGGCUGCUUCUUCCACAGGGUAAAGGGUGACCAUUCCUCGCUUUUUUUAGCCACGCAGCAAUUACUCCUCUAACUUAUGAGUGAAUGUAUGUGUGUGUGUGAGUGUGUGGUGUAGGUAGAUGCAUUCAUGCUCUAUCUUGGCUUUCUAUUUAUGAUUUUAUAGUAAAAACACUACAUGUCUUAGAUUCAUGUGAUUGUUUGACGCGCCAACUGUGCCAUCUCCCUGUCUUAGUCUGCCCCCUUGUGGCCAUCUUUAGGUACGACACGUUUUCUUCAUUACUGACCUCAUCUGUAUUUCCAUGGGAUUUAAUUCAUGAAGCACUCCAAUAACUCUGUAUGCCUUUUUAUUUUUUUAAUCUGAGUAGAUUUUCAGUCAUAUGUGGAGUACCCUGUCUUCUAGGGUUUUUCAACAUUUCUAUGUUGCAUUUUGUUUUUGUUAACCGAUCAACUGCAUUUGCAAAUUAGUGUUAUUUUGAGGCAUUUAAUCAUAAUUGAGACUAUAGUUUCAUAUGAUUGUCAGUUGUUGAUUAGACUUGCACUAGAACAAUUGUUUUGCAUUAUACUACUGAAAACUGUGUGUGGCAGGAGAGCUGUACCGGUGGAUUUGAUACGAUUGGUUUGCUAUAUGUUGGGCAUUAGAAGAGCAUUUGAAGCUAUUGUAACAAAUCCACAACACUGGAAUAAUAAUGGACUGAAAAUUCAUGCUUAAAAAAAGCGACAUCCUGUCACUUAACUGGCAACUGUAUCAUCAAACGCCUGUACAUGUGGCCUCUAUAACAGAGACAGAGCCUGAACUGUGUUUGCAUGCAACUGCUGAUCAUCCUAGAGCCAUUAGUAUCCAGAGUCCAAGACCAGUUCCUGUACAAAGGUACAAAUCAGCUCUGAAGGUACUGAGAUCAGAGGUGGAAAUACACCUCUCAUGCACUAGAUCACCUGGAUCCAGAGUGCCAGUUUGCAUGGCAUCUUGUGAAACUUUUGCUCUCCCAAUCUUGUUCCACUUUUUGAAUUGUAUUUAACACAAUAUUGUUUACAGCAAUGCCUGCUCUAUAUUACUGUAAGUCAAGAACACUAUUAUUUAUUGUGAUUCUAUUUUCUUCUUUUUAUUUAUGUUAAUUGUGCUAUUUUAUGAUAAGGCUACUUGAGUUGCAGGUAAUAAGUACUGUUUGUGUUUAUGAAGAGCGGUAUCUAUCUCUAACCACGAGAAUAAUUCAGCAAUAAGGUAAUAAUCAUCUCAUCUAACCGGGCGCUGAGUUCGGGGUAACAACAGCACUUUUUCGUGUAGUUAAAACUGUCAAUUAAUGUGACUACCUGUGUAGCAUGAACAUUUUGAUCACAAUAAAAGGUACAAGAUUUUUUUAUGA